AUGGCCGGAUCCUACGCGAAGAAGGGGGUUAUACCAUCCAAAGGAUCUUCUGGGACAAGGCAAUCCUCAAUAAAGCGCAACUCGAGCAUCCUGAGCUUCUUUCAGAAGACCGACACGCCACCGGCGGCCGGGGGACCCAGGCUUCCCAAAAGGGGCAGCAGUUCAAGGAAUGAUCCUGCUGGUGGACUUUUCUUGGAAGAUAAAAAGGGACUCGCAAAGAUUGAACGAGCGACGGUGACGAGCGAAAGAGAGCGAUCGCUGACGCCUGAUUUUUGGGGCGACGAUGAUGAGUUCUUGAAGCCGGAUUCCAAACGAUACAAUGAGAGCGAUACAGCGGUCAAGCGUCGGAAAUUCGACUCACCGGGCAGUCCGGUCAACGAAACAGAACAACCAGACACCGAAUCGAAGACUGAAAAAGUGCCCACACCCGCACCUGCACCCGCAAAGACCCAGAAAAGGAGCGGACCAUUCAUCGAUGAGUCUGACAGCGAGGAUGAUAUGGAAGCAUAUCGGGAGCUUGAUGAAACCACACCCGCCACUAGGGAUACGACGAACGGGAUAUUGCAAAUGGAUGAAAUAGUGGCUACAGAACGCACUUCCGAAUCUACACCCCCGCCACUGGUAAGAACCGCCACGAAUAAUGCCGAUAAUGAUGAAUACGCGAAUUUUGACGAUAUAGAAGAUGAAGACGAGCUUAUAGGGGAAGAGUUUCGAAAUCGGCCAUGGGAAGGCGAGGAACAAGAGCAUCAGAUGGACCUUCAGGUAGAUCCAGACAAGGACUUAAACGAUUGUUCAGGUGUAGAAGAUAUUGAGGCGGAGGUGAGCACAUGUCCUAUCUGCCAAAUGGUACUGAAGGAUCUUAAUGAGACGGCAAUUGAGAUCCAUGUCAACGACUGCCUAGAUGGUAAAACCAACCCUAUACCGGCCACACCUGCUCCUAAGCUCACGGUGAAGCCGGCUUCCAAGCCAGCCACCAUCGGCAAAGGGCUGACGCGCGCGGAGCGCGCUGCUAUUGCUCGGCCUGCGCAAGGGGAUCCCUACUCACAGAAAAAACCCAUUGGAGGUUCCGCAUUCUCCAAGAUGAUGGCUGGAAAUGCAGAAGAUACUGCUUGGGCUACUGCAGCUGCGAACGAGGUGUCUUCCCGUGGCAAACAAGCCUACCAACGGACUUGUCCAUUUUACAAAAUUCUUCCGGGGUUUUCCAUAUGCGUCGAUGCCUUCCGAUACGGAGCCGUCGAAGGGUGUAACGCCUACUUUCUCAGUCACUUUCACAGUGAUCACUAUAUAGGGCUCAGCAAGUCCUGGUGCCAUGGGCCCAUUUACUGCAGUCGACCAACUGCCAAUCUUGUCCGCCAGCAGCUUCGCGUUGAUCCCAAGUGGGUAGUUGACCUCGAGUUUGAAUCUACCACUGAAGUACCGGAGACGGGAGGGGUGCGGGUCACCAUGAUACACGCAAAUCAUUGCCCCGGUAGUUCACUUUUUCUUUUCGAAAAGAGUUCUGGGAAUGGACCCAAUGCCAAUAACCAACGGGUGUUGCAUUGUGGUGACUUUCGUGCGUCUCCAGCCCAGGUGCAACAUCCACUUCUACGCCCUAAUGUGAUCAACCCAAUCACUGGAAAGCCAAGGCAGCAACAUAUCGACAAAUGUUAUCUCGACACCACAUACCUGAGCCCAAAAUAUGGAUUCCCCGCCCAAGAGGAUGUGAUCACAGCGUGCUCGGAUCUAUGUGUGCGCCUGAACGAAGAAGCUGGCGUCGGAUCUGAUACGGGGAAGAACGGUGCAGGCGGUUUGAUGGGCAAAUUUAUCUCCGCCGCGACAGGGAGCAACAAAUUACAAGACAAAACCUCGAAUACCGGAGGCCGACUGCUGGUAGUGAUUGGCACUUACAGCAUUGGCAAAGAACGGAUAUGUAUGGGGAUCGCUCGAGUACUUGGAUCAAAAAUCUUCGCGACUCCACCGAAACAACGAAUUUGUGCCUGCUUGGAAGACCCCGAGCUCUCCGCGAUGCUAACCAGCAAUCCACACGAAGCGCAAGUACAUAUGCAAACCCUCUUUGAGAUCCGCGCCGAUACCCUGGCAGACUACCUUGAUGGCCUCAAACCGCACUUCUCCCGAGUCGUCGGUUUUCGCCCGACCGGCUGGACCUAUCGCCCACCAGCCGGGCGACUGGUACAAAAUCCACCAGUCUCCACUGUGCUACACGGUGAACACUGGAAGUCGCCAUUUACCAGCCAAGAUCUCACACCGCAGCGCGGCAGCACACGGGAAAGUGCCUGCUUUGGUGUGCCGUACAGCGAGCACAGUUCAUUCCGCGAGUUGACCAUGUUCUGUUGCGCUUUGCGGAUCGGGCGGGUCAUCCCGACGGUGAAUGUUGGGAGCCAGAAGAGUCGGGACCAGAUGAAGGUUUGGAUGGAUCGGUGGGACGCGGAAAAGAAGAAGAAUGGGUUGUUUCCUGUCACUGGCGAUCGGUGGUGA